AUGACUAAGGAAGUCCACGCCGAGGAGGGCGCACACCCCGCUACCCCCAGCUUCAAGCCUUUGGGGACCUUUAAGCACGAAGAUUCUCAUCCCAGCAUCUCCACUUCGAGCGAGGCCCCCAAGGUCGGCGACAUUCUCAUCGAAGCCAAGUUCGCCAAGGGUGAGGUCCCGAUCCUUCUGACCAAGGAAUCCCACGAUGACCUGUCCUAUAUCCUCAAGGCAAUAGACUCGACGGGGCAUGUGAUUAUCCUCCAGCCCAAGGAGGACGACGUCGCGUAUGCAUACGCUACCCACCCCUUUGAAAACCAGCGCCUCGUCGAGUCGCACCCUUAUCUCCGUGUCAUCGACCUCACCGACGACGCUGGUGAUGUCGCUCUCGGCAAUCGCGUGACGAGCCUCAUCUCGCCGACGGAGAUUCAGCUCGUCAUUGACGAAGUCUAUCGAGUGCUUAAGCCCGGUGGCCGUAUUGCCCUGAGCGACCUUCUCCUCCGGAGGGAGCUCGACGAAGAAGCCAAGGGUGCUGUCCCAAGCCGUGAGUCGGGCCUUCGGAAUGGAGUUUUAGUGAAUCAGUUUGAGUCGGCUCUCCGGGCUGCUGGGUUCGAGGACAUUUCAAUUAUCGAUAAGAAGUCGGACGUCAACAAGAUCCUGAGUGAUGAUGUCCCCGUAGUCAAGCCUGAGAGCAAGCAUAGCAGGGACGAUGACAAGGGCGGGCCGGGCCACCGCAAGGCCGGCAGGUUUACCAGGUCCCUCGCUAUUCAUGAUGAGCCGGAAGAGAAGGCUGGCCCCGAGAUUGACUGGAAUGAGUGGGUUGGUUUCUUCCACAUUUUUGCGAAGAAACCUAAGGCAUAG